AUGCAUAGACCGCUGCUGCAGCCAGCUGGGCUGGGACAAUUCCUCCUGCUAUGGCUGUUGCUACCUCUGCCGCCUGAGCUCAGAGUGGAGGCCAGGAGGUUCCGAGCCUCGCCGCCUUGCCCGGAGACCUGUGAUCCGACACGCUGUCCCCCUUUGCCCACCUGCUCGGCGGGGACGACGCCAGUGCUCGACCGCUGCCGCUGCUGCCGGGUCUGCGCCGCGGCCGAGGGCGAAGCCUGCGGCGGCACGCGGGGCCGGCCGUGCGCCCUGGGGCUGCGCUGCCAGGAACCCUUCCGCCGGGAGCCGGGGGGCGGCGCGCGGCUGGGCACCUGCGGCUGCCCGGAGACCGGGGCGGCCGUGUGCGGCAGCGACGGGCGCACCUACCCCAGCCUGUGCGCGCUCCGCGCCGAGAACCGCGCGGCGCGCCUCCGCGGUGCGCUCCCAGCCGUGCCCGUGCAGAAGGGCGGCUGCGGGGCUCUAGGGACCGGAAGCGCAGGCCGACUCCGCAGCAAGUACAACUUCAUCGCAGCGGUGGUGGAGAAGGUGGCGCCAGCUGUGGUUCACUUGCAGCUGUUCCGCAGGUCCCCUCUGAGCAACCAGGAGAUCCCCUCCUCCAGUGGCUCUGGCUUCAUAGUGUCUGAGGAUGGGCUCAUUGUUACCAAUGCUCAUGUCCUCACCAACCAGCAGCGGAUCCAGGUGGAGCUCCAGAGUGGGGUUCAGUAUGAAGCCACUGUCAAAGACAUUGAUCAUAAAUUGGACCUUGCCCUGAUUAAGAUCGAGCCAAAUACUGACCUUCCAGUAUUACUGCUGGGAAGAUCAUCUGACCUUCGGGCCGGUGAGUUUGUGGUGGCCUUGGGCAGCCCGUUUUCUCUACAGAACACUGUGACUGCAGGGAUUGUUAGCACUACCCAGCGAGGAGGGAAGGAGCUGGGGCUGAAGGAUUCGGACAUGGACUAUAUUCAGACAGAUGCCAUCAUUAAUCAUGGGAAUUCUGGAGGGCCACUGGUAAACUUGGAUGGAGAUGUGAUUGGCAUAAACACACUGAAGGUGACUGCAGGAAUCUCCUUUGCGAUUCCCUCAGAUCGCAUUAGACAGUUCUUGUCAGAAUACCAUGAGCGCCAAUUGAAAGGAAAAGCUCCUUCACAGAAGAAAUACCUGGGUUUGAGAAUGCUGCCUCUCACGCUGAACCUUCUACAAGACAUGAAAAGGCAAGAUCCGGAUUUCCCUGAUGUGAGCUCUGGGGUUUUUGUUUAUGAAGUGAUACAAGGAACAGCUGCUGAGAGCUCAGGGUUGAGAGACCACGAUGUAAUUAUCAGCAUAAAUGGACAGCCUGUUAGGACCACAGCUGAUGUCAUCGAGGCUGUAAAGGACAAUGACACCCUCUCCUUCAUAGUGCGACGUCGGGGAGGUCAGACCCUGUUCCUGAGAGUCACACCUGAAAUCAUCAAUUAA